UGUUUAUUUUCGUUUUCUUAAUACCAAACAUGGACAAAGAGUUUGGUUUAUUGUUGAUUUUACCGAUUGUUGUUUGCGUGCAAGUUACCAAUCACCCGGUGUACAAAUUUAGAUACGAAACUGAAGAUCUGAUGAAAACCGCCGCUUCGAAUUUACCGGUUAGAGGAUAUCACGUCGUGGAAGGUGGUUACUAUCCACAAAUCGGAGCAGCUGGCGGAGGUUUCGGUUUCGCGGGAUCGCCAUUGGGUAACCAAGCAUUCAGUGGUCAAUUUCUAGGUCCUAAUGUAGCGCUAGGUCAAGCCGUUCCUUUGGGAACAACCUUCGGAGGACAGAUUAUCCCGCAGUACAUCCACGGUGGUGUUGGUACGUUGGGAGGUUUAUACGGAGGUCUACAACAUCAUCCACACCAUAUCGGAGGCGAAGAAAUCAUCAAAGGUCAAUUCAGUUCGGGGAAGAAGAACGCGAACGAUGAAAAAUUCGAAAAAAGCGAGGGUAGAAAAGGGGAUGAACUGAAUCAUAAUAAAGCCGGUUUCGCUAAAGGGGAGGUUCUAGUUAAAGAUUUCAAAGGCGAUUCGGGGCGUUAUAACAACGUAAACGGGGAGAAGAAAGUAUACGAAGACGGUAAGGAAUAUCAAGGGGGGCAACAUUACAAUAAAGAAGGUAAAAGCGGGGAGGAGAAAACGGCGAAACAGGGACACAAAAAGGGACAUAAAGUGAAGAGUUUUAAAAAUUCCCAUCACAAGGACGAAACCGGUAAAAGUGAAGAAUAUUACGACGAAUCUCACGACGAAGGGGGUAACUACGUGUUUAAUGGUCAAUCGGGUAGUUUCGGAGAACAAGGAGCGUCAGGUUUUAAGGGCGGUCAUCACGAUUCGAAAUAUAAUCAAGCGGAAGCUAAAAAAGAGGGACAGUUCGAGAAUAAGCAUUCCGUUGAAAAAGUCGAGGGCGAUCAAGGAAAAUACGGGGAGAAUAAAUUCGCCGGAAAUCAAGCUUUGUUUGGGUAUAAAACGGGGGCGGACGAACAGAGUCUUUUAGGGCACGAGGAGUCUAGUAAAUUCGUCAAGUCUCACCCGUUGGUGGUGCCUUUUUACCAACCUUAGAAAUUGGGAAAAUGUUUUUUUUUUUUAUUUCUUGGAUUUGAAAAAAUAGCGACGGAAAGUUUUGAUUGCCAUUGUAUCGAUGUUUUGUGACAAAAAAAAACAAAACUACUUCUCUUUAAUUUAUUAUUUAGUUGUUAAGUUUGUACUUUUGUUGACGAUAUUAAGCUCCAAUGAGGUAUCAGUUAUGUAUUAAUUGUUUUUUUUUUAUAUAAUUAAUAAAACCAAUUAUUUUCUAUUUUUA